CAGGGAGAGUGUGAAUCAUGUUCUUGAUCGUAAUACACGUGCACUUGUUAUCUACCAUUUCUUACCUUUUUUAAUACGAAUUCAACGUAACCUGUAACAUCAUACAUUUUCAAAUAGAAUGGGUGUGGGAUGGAGUUAUGACAGCUGCUGUAAUUAUGACAACAAAAGAUCACACGGUCAGAACUAUGUCCAACAAAGCGCAUUUCAAGUAGAAAGUUACUCCUUGACAGAAUGUACUAGAAACCGAACAAGAGGAUAUGUUCUAAUAUUCAUGAACACAAAAUUCCGGACAUUUGGAACGUUGAAUUCUGGAGGACAACACGAUAAACUAUGUGAAUUAUUCGAAGGAGUCAAUUUUUCUGUAAGAAUUUAUAGGAACACCAAAGCCAGAGACAUUGGGAAACAUAUAUCAGAGUAUGCUAAUAGGAGCGGAAGUUGUUUUAUUACGUUUGUUUCGAGUCACGGAAGUAAUGGGAAUGUCUGUGGGAGUGAUGACAAGUUAGUUAAAUUAGAAGAUCUUUUUCGCGCUGCCGACACUUCGAAGUUAAAAGGCAAACCAAAGUUAUUCUUAAUUGAUGCUUGCCGAACAGGUAGGAGGGAUUCACGGGUUCCAGAACUUUUACAUUCAGACUUUUUUGUUGGAUAUUCAUGCCUCAGCAGGCAGACAAGCUAUGACAAAGGUGGAGGAAUAUAUUUCAAACAAUUGAUAGAAGUUUAUAAGGACGGACUGAAGUAUCCAGCAAGGGAUCAUGGCAAAGAGCGGACCGUUCUCCAUUGGCAAGAUAAAAUCAGUGCCCUGUUAUGCAGAGAUGGACAACAACAAUGCAUGUCAAAAUCUAGCUUGACAAAGAAGUUGUUUUUACACAUAAGAUAGUAAUAAAACAGAAUAAAUUUAAACUUACAAAUCACUCGGGCAAUGUUGUUCUUUACGGAGCCCUGUUGGUCUCACACAGAUUAUAA